AUGAACGAGACGAAUGACAAAAAUAAAUCGAAUGUAAAGAAUAAUCCGGAAGUAGUUAAUCCACAACAAGGAGACGAGCAAACGAGUAAAACGGAAGGAAUGAAUAAAAACCAUGAAUCUACGUCAUCUCCGUCAGCGUCGCCAGGUUUUCCCGUGAAUCCGGUAGAUGCAAACACCUUGGUCGACACAUUCGUAAGACAAAAUAGUAUGUUGAUGGAAUUGUUGAAAGUUCAACAAAACGGCAAUCGACCAACGAAUGACAUAACGAUUGCUCCUGACCUGAACAAGUCUAUUCCGACAUUCAAUGGUCUGGGUACGGGUUCGCAAGCUCUCGAUUGGAUUCAAACUGUAAACGGCGUCGCGAAUUUACAUCGUUGGCCGGAUAAUUUCAAACUCCAAUCUGUGCGGGCCAAUUUAGAAGGUGCGGCUCGACACUGGUUUGCGUCCCGAGAGAUAGAACAUUGGUCAGAUUUUGAAAGACAAUUUCAUAAAACUUUUGUCGGCGUAGUUAUGAUGGGCGACCGUUGGAAACAAAUGUCGCGGCGCGUUCAGUUACGCAACGAGAACGUACGUGAGUACUACCACGAAAAGGUAUAUUUAUGUCGACAAAUUGGUAUGUCAUUUUACGAUAGUAAAAUUCAAAUACUAGAAGGUUUAUACUCGAAAGAGUUGAGUAUGUACUUGCUUGGUCGUAACCACGUGGACGAGGACGAUUUAUUAAGUGACAUGGUAGAAUAUGAACGACUCGACACGUCCCGUUCUGUACGAUUUCGGCAAAUAUCAAGUACUAAAGAAGCCCUGUUACAAAAAUUGGUGACGUCGAAUCCAACUAAUGCCGUGACAAUUAAAAAGGAGGACAUGAAAGUGGCCGUAGGAGAAAAGGGUGCAGUACCGCCGCGUGCAUAUUGUUUCAAUUGUGGCUCAAAAACUCAUUUGUCACCGCAGUGCCCAAAACCUAAACGUGAAAAGGGAGCGUGUUACGAAUGUGGGUCGAUGGCACACCAACGAGGAUCUUGUCCAGUAUUCAUGCGAGGUAAUGAUGACGGAAAAAGGGAAAAGUCGGCCGGAUUGAUGAGCAUCGAUGUUGUACGAGACCAGGACUCGCCUGAUGAGUGUCCAGCGCCGUACGAGGUACAGUGUCAAUUCAACGUUCCAGUAGAAGAGUCAGAGUCUUGCUGCGUCAAUGUCAACGCCGUGGUCGACACAGGAAGUCCAAUCAGUAUAAUCAAGAGUGAGUUAGUUCCAAGUAUAUUAUAUACCACGCAAACGGUGAGUAAAAAACAUUUUUGUGGUAUUAACGGCGCGAAGUUGGAUAUACUCGGUAUAUUCGAAACGAACGUAAUAAUUAAUAAUUUUGAAAUGUAUUUAAAAUUUUAUGUUGUGUCUAAUUAUACUAUGAAAGCGAAUGCAAUUUUGGGAAGGGACUUUUUAAACAAGAAAGGUUUUAAAAUUGAAUUUAAGAAUAGUACGGUAGACAUAGUAAAAUUAGACACGGGAAAUUCGGACGAAACCGAUAUUAAUUUUAAAGAAAUAUUGUAUAUCGAUUACGAUGAUUGUACCGAUAAAAGUAACGAUAAUACAGGGUUGAAUGUGAAUCCCAAAUUAAAUUCAGAACUGAGGAAUGUAUUUAGUGAAUUAUAUGACGUCGAUUAUAUAUCAAAUAAGGAGUUACGUAACGAGGAUUUUGAUUUUGAUAUGAAAAUAAUUCUAAAACACGAAUAA